AUGGGUUCUUCGAGCUCAAAAUCCGGAAGAAAGAAGAGUUUCACAGACGAAGACCUGUUGUCAACCAUCGAUGACGGCAGCAUUGGUGAACAAUUUCGGUAUAUUCAAGGUCGGAGAUUCCAUAAUGUGUUGAGUGCUGUUUAUGAUUUGCCAAAUGACGAUGAAGAAGCCGAUCGCUUGCAUUUAGAACAUUUUUUGAUCAAAGCAGUGUGGCAAUCGAACUUUUCUUCCCCCAUAAUCCGACAAUUAGAGUCUAAUUCUGAUGAUAACAUUGUUUCUCUAACGAUAAUAGAAUGGGAUCUCUGUACUGGACGCAGGGAAUAUUAUGAAAGAUGUGGAUCAGGCUCAUGGUCAUUAGAAAUGUCUGCCGAUUAUCCAAAUUCAAAAUUUGUGGGUUUAGAUAUUUCCCCUAUCUUUCCAACCAGGAUUAAACCAAAUAAUUUGACCUUUCAGAAAUCGAACAUCCUCGAAGGUAUUAAUUACAGAGACGGAGAAUUUGAUUUUGUGCACAUGAGAUUUAUGAUGCCUGCCUUCACACAAGCCCAAUGGGAGGAAAUUGUAAUCCGAGAGAUCGUCCGUGUGUUGGCGGUUGGUGGAUAUCUUGAACUUUGUGAAUAUGAAUUGUGCCAAAAUUGCGGCCCGGUAUUCGAAAAAUUGUUAAGCUCGCGUCGGGAAAUGUUACGCAAAAUGGGAAUAAACCCUGAUAUUUCACAAAUUCUUGGAAAAUUUGUGGAUGCUACAAGUCAAUUCGAGCAGAUUCAUCAUGAUGAAAGAAUAAUCCCAGUGGGAAAAACAUGGGCGGGGAAAAUUGGAGAAGUGGGAAAGGAAGACAUACAUACGAGAAUGUUAGCAAUAAAACCAGUAUUGUUUCCAUUCAUGGGAAUAACAUCGGAAGAAUAUGAUGAGAUGAUGAGAAAAAGCAUCCUGGAAUUUGACGAAUACAAAACAUUCUUUGUCACUUGCAGGUGGUAUGCUAAGAAGGUGCAUUCGUAG